UUUUCUGCAUCGACUCGCGUUUUGGGUCGUGUUACAUAUACCCAAUACCAUCAAUUGCGCCCCUCGGAGCUUACGCGGUAGCUCCGUGGCUCAUCAUCGUAGAGAGGCUCGUGUCUCUCGGUUGGUGUUUCCACUGGUACCUGAUUAGAUUUCGCGGUGGGGCCAAACAUGUUGCUCCGAAAUGUGGCAGGCCGCAGCUGAGUCGCCCUACGACCUAGACUCGAAGGCAAAGGGAGACGAGCUACAGAAGUUGAGCGUCAUCGAGACCCUGCCGCAGCUUCUCGCCGAAGAUGCUCACGGGUGUAUCACGCGAGUCCUGCCAAAGAUACAGCAGACCCUGCCAACGGCCUCGACCGAGUUCCACAUGGCCGCCUCGGUCAUCUUCAAACAGGUCCUCGAGCAGAGGCUCGUCAGCCCGACCACCUUCGCCGAGGUCUUCCUCCAGAGCAUUUUGAGCUCCCUCGGCAGCCGAGAACCCGUCGUCUCGCACGCGUGGCUGGAUACCAUAAUUGACGUUAUUGAAUUGCUGCACGUGGACGUCGUCAAGCGCGAGAUUUUACCGAUCGCGAUAAGCGAGGGCAGACUGUCGCAGAGUGUCGAUUCGAGGAUUAUGUGUUGUCGGCUCAUGGGUAAAAUAGCCACCCGCUUCGACGCCGAGUCCAUCAAACGAGACGUCCUGCCAACGGUACAGUCGCUCAGCCAAGAUGUCAGCAGCGACGUGCGCGCGUGCAUUUGCCUGCAGUUGCACCUCGUCGCCCAGAACAUGGGCGACAGCACCACAAAGUUACUUCCAUUGAUCGUCGAGUUGGCCAGCGACGAAGAGAGCAACGUCAGACAAGCCGCUGUCCAGACAAUGGGUCUUUUGUUACCCCACCUCAAAGCAGAUACGAUAGUGGAUAUUGUAGUGCCCCUUAUAAAACUGACUUGCGAGAACGCCGCCAAAUCGGAGGACAAUGUGAUAUGCGUGGUCGCACAAGAAUUCGGCAAACUUGCCCAAAGUACCAAAGCUCACCUGAUACCGGCGGACAAAACGUGGUUCAUCAAGUAUUUCGUGCAAAUCGCCCAGAUGGGCACUCCGAAGGCGAAGGAGGUCGGGGAGGACAAGGCCAAGCACCAAGAGUUUUCGUUUCACGCGGGCAACGCGAACGACAGAAGCGUGGAGUGUCGACGGAGCUGCGCUUUCAACAUGCCGGCAAUGUUCCUCUUUGCUUCCUCAGCUUCGGAGGGAGUGAACGCGCUGAUCCCGACCUUCCGGAAUUUGGCAAGCGACUCGUAUUACAUGGUACGAAGGACGAUUGCCUGUAGCUUGCACGAGAUCAUCAAUGUCCUGGGUCGGGAGAGCGGGUUGAUAAAGCCCGAGCUGAUCCGACUGCUGAAAGACGACAACGAAGAGGUCCUCCAAGGCCUCAUCCCGCACGUCUCGGGGAUCCUCGAGAACCUAUUGCAACACCACCUCGUGAGAGCUGACCAAAUGGAAUCGUCGACGGUCGACUUGGGCAAGGCGCUCAUCCAGUGCGAAGCCCAGAUAUCGUUGACCAACAACUGGAGGUUGUCGGCGCUGAUGCUCGGCCAGUUUGAAAUACUGCCGAGGUGCUUGUCCAGCGAUUUCAUCUACGCCCACUUGGUGCCCGUCGUCUCCAACAGGGUCCUGUACUCGAGACCCCUACCAGUGCGCCUGGCUGCCGGUCGGACGCUCCUCGUCUUCCUGCGCUACAACCUCAAGUCCCAGCAAAAGCUGGAACUGCGGAGCAAGAUAUGCAACGAGAUGGCGUACGGCUCGAGCUGCUACCUGAGAAUGAUCUUCAUCCGCAUGAUGAUCGAGGCCCUGACGAUAUUCUCGUCGGUCUACUUCAAGGAGUACUUUUGCCCGACUCUGCUCGACAUAAUGGACGACCCGGUGGCCAACGUCAGACUGAAAGCCCUCACCCUGGCCCCGACCAUCAAGUCUUGUCUGAGGUUGCCGGCCGACAAGAAGCUACUGUCCACCUUGGAGAUGAACGUCCGCAACUUGAAGAGCAGCGAGAAGGACAGGGACGUGCUGGCAGCCCUGAACGCCGCUUCCCUCCUGAUGGACAGCGUCGAUGUCAGGGUAGACGGCCAACCGUCUCCGGCGAAACUCAGCAAGUACGACACCGAGGACAUGAAAAAGCUUGAAGAGGAAAAGAAGCUGGAGGCCGCCUCGAGCAGCGGUCCUGGUGGAAAAAUCGGCAACACUGUCGUGCCCAACAACCCGAAAAAACCAAACAUCCUGAAAAUACCGCCGGGAACGACUGCCGUGAGCAGUAAAUCGGUAGCCAGUACCGAUUCGCCCGUCAAACCGAACCGAGGCAAACAGGCUCCGGGAGGCACAGAGUCCCCGAAAUCGGCCGUUCCGUCGAAACCUCCGCUAAUCAGACAGAGCUCGCUGUCGACCUCGCACGUGGCAGAUAUUUCAAAGACAAGUUCGUCUAACGAUAAUUUACCCCAACAUUGGUCGAUAUUUUCGUCCUCCAACAACUCUGCGCAUACAACAACAGUAACACCACCACCAUCGACGACAACAAUAACGACACUCGCGACAAUCGCAUCCACGACGACGACAACAACAACGACAACGACAGCAACGUCGUCGAGCGUCAGCGCGCAGCUGUGGGAAAAGGCCGGUUCGAGCAGCCACGGUGGCAUCAAGCCAAUGAGCUACGGCAACAACGAUUACCCGUCCACUGCGCAAAAGGUCCAGUGUAGCUGUUACGAGCUGGCCGAUCGGGUAUUCCAUGCGCGCAACAACCACCACCCGGUGACCUCGAGCGGCGACCACCUGUCCCAUCGCUGCAGCGCCGGCUACAUAAAAACAACCAGUUUGUUCCGCGCCCCCGAACCCGCUCGCUUCCCGGACUUUGUCAAACCCUUCUCGCUUCUCGACUCCUCCCGGGAGGAGUGUAGGCGCGACCUAGCCCACCAGCUCGCCUCGCGCAAGUACUACAACAGCAACAACAGGGCACCACCACCACCACCGAGCUACGGCAGCACGCCGAGUUCCGUACGCGGCUUGCACUACGAGCGCGAGCCCUACUGGGGGGGUUUCGGUGGCCCGAGCGGCUUACCGGCCCUCACCUUCGUCGACGACGAGUUCAUGGUCGACGCGGGCAUCCGGAUACCAGCUCAGCUCACCUCCUCAUCCUACGGGUCGCAACAGCUGCAGGGCCCGGCCAAGAUACCGAACCUCCAAGACAUCAUCUACAGGAACCAGAAGAUGAGCUUCGGGGGGGACCGGCGGUUUUUCGGGUCUUCCUCGACCUCGGGUUCCUUCGAGCGGAGCAGGCCCUUCCUCGCGUUCCCCCUGCCAAAGAGCUACUCCCUCGACUACGACUACGACCCGCACGACCACCACGGGGACAACGACGACGAGGAGGAGGCGAACCCUGGUGACGAGAACAGCGGGAACGUCAAUCCAUCGGUCAAGUCCGGCGACAGGGGCAGGCCGCGUUACAACUUCGAGGACAACAAGACCAACAAGCGCAACCCCUGCUCCUCGGGGUUCGCGGAGGGUAGUAGGGGGUCGAAGGAGCGCCCGAGGGUCCUGGUCGAUCGCAACAGGCGGGCCAACAAGUACGAGGUGAGGUUGCCGGGGGAACAGCGGCACGGGGCCGAGGUGGCCCAGCUGGACUACGGGGCCUUGCGCCGGCUCUCCAUCCUCGACGUCAACCACAACCAGGGCGCCCUCAGCAAGAUACCCGUGCGCAACAGCCACGUCUCGGGCAGCAGGACCGCCCCGGUGACCCGCACCUCGAGCCCCAUACGCGUCCACUAUACGGCUGGGCCCUCGUUCAAGCCGGAGGUUCGGGGUAGGCUGCGCUCGAGCUACGACGACGUCGACAAGAUACUCUGCCACCAAAAGUUUUGACGAGCCGCCUCGGUGCCACGCAGGGACCCUGGUAACGACGGACGCUGAUCCGAUCCACGUUUUGGGGUGUCUCUCUGCCCGUAAUGUUGUUUGUUUUCGGUGCAAGGGGUUACACCUUUGGAAAAAGUUUCGUCUUUGGUUUUUGAUCCUGCGUUGUGGAGCAUUGAAGGAUUUCAUUUGUUGAAAACGUGCGAAUUCAACAAUUGUUUUUUUUUUUUUU